AUGGCUGCUGUACACGAUGAAACCUACGAAUCGAUCGGCCUAGUUAAACCUGAAGUUUAUGUUUAUGUGAUACCUCCACGUCAAUCAGCAACACGUAAACAUCGUGCAGCUGAUUGGAAAUUAGAUGCACCAAAUUUUAUUUGUCGUUUAAAAAUUAUAUCCAAAGGUGAAAAAUGUUUAAUACGUUUAGAAGAUCGUAAUACGGGAGCACAUUUUGCAACAUGUCCUAUUGAUAGUUAUCCAUCAAUAGCGGUCGAGAAUGUUGAAGAUUCUACACGUUAUUUUGUUAUACGUGUACAAAAUGAUAAUGGUCAACAAGCAUUUUUAGGCAUGGGCUUUAAUGAUCGGUCAGAUUCAUUCGAUUUUAAUGUUGCUUUACAAGAUCAUUUUAAAUAUUUAAAACAAGCCAAACAGAUCGAACAAGAAGCUAAACAAACAGCGAGCGAUCCUUCACAGCAGCAACAACCAAAACUUGAUUUACGCUUUAAAGAAGGACAAACAAUUAAAAUCAAUCUUAAAAGUAGUUUGCCAGGCGAUGAACAAACAAAAAAAACUGUUAAAAAUCCAAAUGAAUCAGUUGUCCCAGGAAUUUUACCACCCCCACCAGGUUCAACAAUUCCAAAAUUAACUCCUCCACCUGGCUCAAUUGUUCCAAAAAUUGCUCCAUCAACAGCAGCACCACCAGCAGCAGCAGCAGCAGCAGCAUCACUUUUCUCUACUUCUUCCUCCUCAACAACAACAACAGCAACAGGAAAUAAUAAUAAUAAUAAUAAUAUUCAUUCCGAUUUAAGUUGGAUGCAAUUCUAA